GGUGUUGGCUACCUUAAUGACGAUUACUUAUUCGAUACCGAUAGUCGAUGGAUCGGACUGGCGCUGGUAGUGGAAAAAUGGCCAGAAGACCGGAGCAUUCAGCACCGCCAGAAAUUUUCUACAACGAUGAUGAGGCCAAAAAAUAUUCUACUAACACCCGCAUCAUUGAAAUCCAAGUGGAAAUGGCCGAACGUGCCUUGGAAUUGCUGGCCUUUCCCGAAGACGAAGAUGAAUCCCGCUUGAUUUUGGACAUUGGCUGUGGCUCUGGGCUCUCGGGAAGCGUUCUCGAGGACAGCGAACACAUGUGGAUCGGCAUAGAUAUAUCCAAGUCCAUGUUAGAUAUCGCUGUGGAACGGGAAGUGGGAGGGGAUGUGAUCUUGGGAGACAUGGGCGAGGGUAUGCCCUUCAAGCCAGGCACCUUCGACGGCGCCAUCUCAAUCUCCGCCCUCCAGUGGCUCUGCAACGCUGACAAGUCAUACCACAAUCCUCACAAGCGAUUGUUGAAGUUCUUCACCACAUUGUUUUCCUGUCUGACGCGAACCGCCCGUGCAGUCUUUCAAUUCUAUCCGGAGAACGCCGACCAGAUAGAAAUGGUUACCUCGCAGGCCAUGAAGGCGGGCUUCUACGGAGGAUUGGUUGUAGACUACCCCAACUCCGCAAAGGCCAAGAAGUACUACCUGGUGCUGAUGACUGGAGGAUCGGCCGAGCUGCCCAAGGCUUUGGGUUCCCCUGAAGAGGAGCGUCGCGUUAACUAUAUCAAGAAACGAGAUGCCUGCCGCGAGGCACGAGGCAAGGCCCCUAAAAAAUCCCGAGAUUGGAUCUUAGCCAAGAAGGAGCGGCGUCGGCGCCAGGGAUUAGAAACCCGUCCUGAUACAAAGUACACAGCGCGCAAGCGCAGCGGCAAGUUUUGAUAAAACUAUGCACAGUAAAUCAUACAAAAAAUGUUUAAUUAUUUGGAGAUCAGUUGAUUUUUCGGUUUCGUACAAUACUUAAGAAGUAAGAACAUAAAAGGCGAUAUUUAUUUUAACAUUUUGAGUGAUAUACAAAAUGCGUUCUAACACAAUCGAAAAUGAGAACUCCUAAUACCCUUUACGCAAAGAAAAACACUAACGUUUCUUAUUCACAAAAA